ACGUACGUCAUAUUUCGCGCAUCAACAUCUGACGUCUGUGCGCAUGUGCGGAGGAGCAGAGCAGACGGCGCAUGUCUUUCUGCGGUUUCCACCAUUCCCAUUUCAGGGUAGCCUACUGUGGCUUGAGGAUGGCGGAGCCUGAAGGGAAAGGUGAUGGGCAAUAUUUUGAAGGCGUUGAGAAACUUCUUGAGAUUUGGUUCAAAAAAACUGAUGGAGAUUCAUCACAAUGCGAUCUUAGAAACAUACCAAGGCAUAAACUGGAAAACAUGCUGAAGAUAGUCCGCUGUGAAGUGAUCAGUUUCAUGCAAAAUGAUGAGGUUGAUGCAUAUGUGCUUAGCGAGAGCAGCAUGUUUGUGGCGGAGCGCCGUCUCAUCUUGAAGACGUGUGGCACCACGACUCCGCUGCAGUGCUUGAAGGCCUUGCUUGUUCUCGUCAAGCAGCACGCGGGCUUCAAUGAAGUUGAGGAUGUAUAUUAUUCUCGUAAGAAUUUCAAAAGACCUGAUCUUCAGAUGAAUCCACACAAAUCUUUUGAACAAGAAGUUUUGAUCUUGAAUUCCAUCUUUCAAGACGGCACGGCGUACUGUUUCGGCAGCAAGGACCAGGACUGCUGGUACUUGUACACGCUGAACCCGCUCGCGGGCGACGAGGAACAGCAGCAGAAAGAAGAAGAAGAGGAUGAAGAGGCAGACCAGACACUCGAGAUCCUCAUGUCUGAGCUGGACCCGGAGGUCAUGAGCAUUUUCACGCGGGACGAGUCAUCUUCAGCUGCAGAGGCUACCCGGAAAUCCGGGAUUGAGAAGCUUAUCCCAGAUAUGGUGAUAGAUGACUACUUAUUUGAGCCAUGUGGCUAUUCCAUGAAUGGAAUCACUAAAAGUGGACACUACAUGACUAUCCACAUCACUCCGGAACCAGAUUUCUCAUAUGUUAGCUUUGAAACCAAUGUUCCUCAAAACUCGUACAAAGAGCUAAUUGACAAAGUUCUGAAGACUUUUCAGCCAAGAAAAUUUGUUGUCACUGUCUUCGCAAAUAAGACUUCUGCUGCUGCUGAGGCACCUCAGGAACUGGAGAAGAGCGGCUCGUUCGGGGAACUGCUGUGCGACAGUGUGCAGUACUGCCACCUGAAGAACUUCGAUCUCACGUACGCUUUCUACUCCAAGUUCCCGAGCUGAGGGUCCGCGGCGGCCCGCAGCACGGCCCGGCUCUCUCCGACCGUUGCUCGGCGCCUCCCGGGGCCGCGCCCCGCGCCCCUCCUCUCCGUUAGCGUUAGUCUCGGUGGUAGCAAAGCUAGGUCCUUCCCCUUCCCGCUGCUCUCGUGCGCCAUGUGUGCUGCGCAUCUCAGCCCCAACCUUCUGUACGUGUGGUGGAGGAACAAGAUUUCUUGAAGUGCCCGCCUUCCCCUCGCUGUCUGAAUGUUGCAAUCCUGCCUGAGGACGCACCUAUGAGGGUGACAGACAGGCAACUCACUGGCCGGUUGGUUCCUUGGUUUCACCCCCGCUGCGGAGUCUGCUGGCCACUAAAAGGAGGUUGAGUGGUUGAGAUUUUAGUUCCUCCCUGCAUGCAUUUUUAUUAUUUUGUUGAAUUGCACCUUUUAUGUUACGUUCGUUAGGAAGAAAUGUUUUGCGAGAGAGAGAAAAAGAGAGAUUUUAAUUAGCAAAAAUGCCAUUCCAGUUAUUACAUGUUUCAACUGUUCUAAAAUGUUUGUAACCCAGGGUAUAUUCUGAUGGAAUUUAUUUGUGGGAUCAUCAUAAGGUUUCAAGUAUUUGAGCUACAGUAAUAGAAUUUUUUGAUUUUUUUUUUAGUAUAAAAUUUUGAUUGUUAUAUUAUUUAAUUGUGCUUGAUGUGCAAGAAAAUUAUUUCCUGACAAGGCACUAGUCAGUUGUGAUUUGAAAAGCCAAACUUUUUUUAUUGUUUCAAUGUUUGUGCUAAGUGCUAAUAGGGUUCAAUGAAAAGAAAUAAAAACUGCUGAACUGAACUAAAAUUUUAUUCUACUAUAGUUUCAAAAAACUUGAUAAAUUUCAGUUCUCAUGUGAAAUGUUGGGGUUUUUGAAUACAUUUGUAUUGGUUCUGAAGGUUUUCAUCUGCAGUUCUUGCAAGGCAACUUUAAGCCGUUCUCCUACAUGGAGAAUUAAACAGACUUGAAAUGAGUGUAAUAAAACAUACAGUGCAGAUAAUGCUAAUGCUUAACCUAAGGAUCUUUUUUUGCACUUAUUUUUGUUUCAAAAUGGACUUUCAUGAAUCUACUGUAUAUGAAUAUUACUUUGAAAGCAAACAUUUUAUUGCAGCGCACAUCUUUAACGAGAGCAUCGGGAUAUAUUUAUAAUUUAUAUUUGGAGGGAGUAGUAAGCAUGCAGAGUACACAGUACUGAGUUGGAAACAUGAAAAGUUAAUUCUAUUUGAUAACUAUAUUUUUUUUUAUUGUUUUGAUUGCUAACAUGGGUGCAUAAGGUAUGAUAAAAUGAUAAGUAACAUAAAAAUAGAUUAUUAUUGGUGACAAAAAUAAUAUUAUUUCGUGAUUGUUUAUGGUUUUAAAAUAAUACAUGAUUAGCCAGAAUAAUUUCUACAGGCAUAGUCAUAUCUGCUAUGUGGACUUGUUAUACCCUCGUAGCUCUAAUACCUAGAGGUAUAUCUUUUUUCAGCUAAAUUGUGUAAGCUAAUAAAAAAAUGUUUUUGUUGGCACAUGAGUGAAGAUAUCUUGCAAGCUUGGUAAACUUCAUAUUUAGGAUAGUUUUAUUCUUGCCAAGUGAAACAUGAUACAGAUAUGUAUUUUUACGCAAAGCUGGGAUUUAAGUACUGUAAUUUGGGGAACUUCAUUAUAUUGUUUUACCAAACUGGUCAUAUGUUAAUGGGGAAAUGUGAUUGGUUUUUUUUUUAUGUUGAACUGAUUGGAUGGAGCAAGCAUGUUUGGUCACACUGUUCUACUUCCUAAUUUCUUCUCUCCUAUUUCUACAUUUUUUGUAUGGCUCAGUUUGUAUCCUUUAGCUUUGUUGGUUGUGGAAUGCAUGUUGCAAAAUUGUCUGAAACACUUAAGUUUCGUAAAAGGUGGAAGCAAAUUAUAUUUAGUUCAAUUAUUUGGUGAAAUGUUUUGUUGUGAAAAUUACAAAUUUCAAACUAGUCAUGGUUACAACUGCUUUGGAACUGUAGCAGCUAAAAUUGGCUGCUGUUUGACCGGAAAAAUCAAAAGAUCUUGUGUGUAUUUUGUUACGUAUAUUUUUUAUGACUCUUAGUUAACAAAUGGAUUUAGCUUAUGAAUACCAUACACUGCAUAUAGGAUUAGUAUAUAACUGAUUUGGGUCAUGUUUGAUUUAAAUCCUUCCAUGAUUUUGCAUUUCACUAGCCUAGUUUCCUUGUGUGUAUUCAAAGAUGAAAUACUGUGUCUGUUGUAUGCAAGAAUGAAAUAAAUGGUUCGAAGCACUGAUAUAUUUGUGCUGGAAUUUCUAGUUUAAGUUAAUAUGUUGUAUUUUCUUUUUAUGAAUAUAAAACAUUGUCAAGAGUACGUAAUCUCAAAUAAAUAAAAAUAUCAAACAUGGCCUCAUGUGAUGCUUGUUUUAUUUGACUUUUUUACAGUCAUGAAUGGCUGACUUUUAUAAUUUUUUUUUAAUUGUUUAAGUUUAGUUUGCAAUGUUACAGGGAAGAUGUUUAGUUAAUAUAUAAUGUAGUAAUCAUGUUGCAAAUGUUUUUUUUUGGCCUGUUUAUGCCAGUGAGUUCCAUCCAUGUGAUGUUCUUGCUGUCCCUCUCAUUGGUCAAAUUAGCAAUAUGUAUAUUGGAAAUAAAUCUUCCAGCAAUUAUUGUUAGCCUGCCAUUUUAUGUGAUGUUCAGAAGAAAUAUAGGUUUAGACAUGUAGUUUAGUAAUUGCUCUAUGUACAAAAAAAGUUGAAUAAAAUAAAUUAAAAUUAUGAA